AUGAAUCUCAUAUUCUUAGAUACCCCUCCAGCUACAGACCAGGAACUCCCCACUACGAUUAUCUCCCGCACCCACACUGAAACCACUGCACCGACUACCCUCACUAGCACCCCUCCCCACCUUCCUACAAACAAAAUAACAAUUCACAUCGAAGGUGUAAGAGAUAUAUUCGGCGUCGCCUACUCCUUCAAAAAAGAUGGACGCAGGGUCGUCCAACUAGAGACCGGUCCCCCCAAAGACAGAUAUUGCUACCAAAACUGGUCUAAUCUCAGCCACUAUGUCAUAUCAUUUGCUGUGGGAUUAUAUAACCCAAAUACAGGGGUAUACGUAAAGAUUGAGAAUGCUGGUCCUAUCAGGAUCGACACCACUCAUUUUAAAGACAUUUCGGAAGAGGAUGUAUCUUGGAGAGCAGUUUAUGGCGAAUUUUAUGAUUUUUCCUUCUUUAUGUUCCCCGUGCUACUAUUUUUUGGGUUUAGACGAGGGGAUUCUCCUAUUCCGAUUUUAUUCGAAGAGGAUAUCAAAAAGGGCGCGUAUCUUCCAACUUGGAGGAGUAGAUUUCGGUAUAAGUGGAAACGUUUUCUUGAAAUCUUGGUCGAGAUACAUGAGGUGGCUAAAGGGGGAGCAACGUCACCGACUGAGACGAUAAACGACCAAGAUCCGAAAAUGGCUCAGGAUCAUAAAAAGGAUGAAUAG